AUGGCACCGAUUGAGGUGACAGAUGAAAACAUUUUAAUCGUUUGGCAGAAUCUGUAUGCGAAGGGAUUUGGUAAAGAGGCUCAACCUAAAUAUAAGGUGGGACAACACGUGAGAAUAGCCAGAAGCAAGCAUCAUUUUGAGAAGGGCUAUGAGAGCAAUUUCAGUCAAGAAGUGUUUAAAAUCGUCAAAGUUAUAAAUCGUCGACCUCCAGUUUAUAGAAUAGUAGAUUUGAAUGGUGAAGAUAUAGAGGGAACUUUUUACGAAGAAGAGCUGCAAGUUGUUACACUUGAUGAGAAUACAGUGUUUAAAAUUGAUGAAAUCUUAGAAGAGAAAGGUCGUGGGAAAAACAAAAAGUAUUUGGUCAAGUGGAAAGGAUAUAGUGAAAAAUUCAAUUCUUGGAUAUCUGCAUCAGAACUAAAAAAGAUAUGA